GGGCAGGUCUCUAGACGGGCAGCGACAGUGCCGGUUGACUGUAGAAAGCCGAAGCCGCUGAGCCUGUAGCACGAGGAGCAGAGGGAAAUGGGGAGGAGCUGGGAGGAGAGAACCACGUGUUGGGGUUUCUGGUGCAGUUGUCGGAGCCCCUGGGUCAUGCCCUGCCCCGCGGGCCUUCCAAGGGUUAGGUUGGUGUCGCCGAAGCCACCCCCAGGACUCCUCUGGGUUAUUCUUCAGUAAAAACAAAGCUUCUAUUCGUCAAGUGUUCAAGGAGAGGUAGCCAGGACCUAUUUUUCCCCUACCCUCAUUCCUUUCCCUCGCAUUCUUAAAUUACCCACCUCCUGGGUUGGUUAAUUUUCGGGGUCAGAAAGCAGAUUUUCCUUUCGGAAGAGACGUGCUGGAGUAUAUAGUACGAACUCUGAGACUAGCUACUAUGAUAGGCACUUUACGUGUAUUAUCUCAUUUAAUCCACACAGCAACAUCUAAAGGGUUAGGUACUGUUACGGUUCUCAUUUUCAUGCGAAGAAACAGAUAUGUUAAGUUACUCGUCCGCGUGUUCUCUUCAGCUUUUCUCUGACCACUUAAUUGAGUGUGACAUUCGGCUUCAACGCACGUAAAAUUUAAAUAUGGUAUUGCUAGUAAAAUGUUGGUCUUGUUUUCUUUCCUAACUUGAAGUUAUUUUAGAAGUUAAUACAACAUACCUAGAAGUAAAUCGAUUGAUGUUAUCGAGGUAAAAUGAUCUAGUAGAAAGACAUCUAGAAUAGGAGCCAUUUACUAACCUUUGGGCAAGUCACCUUCUCAGCCACCGCUUCCUCCACUGCAGAAUUGAAAUCAGUUCCAGACUUGUCUACUUCCUGGAGUCGUGAGGAUCAAAUGAUAUAAUAUGUAUAAAUUACUGAUGUUAACUACAUAUGACAGUUUUUUGCUUUUCAAAUUCUUUCUUGUGGAAGCUAGACUAUCAUUAAUAUGCAAUAUAUAUUAUAAUUAUUCUGUAUAUACACACAUACAGUGGAUAACAUGCAGCCUAGUACCACUUGAGUGUGAAAUACCUCUUAAGCGUAUGUGGCACACUUAUCUGCUUAUCCAGGGUUCAGGAUAGUAUUCCCUGUGAAUGCAGAAGUGGUACUUGUCUGGUUUGUAUUCUUUCCUCAGACUGCUGUAGAUAGCGUAAAGCAAAAGUAGAUCAGCUCAUUUAACUGCUUUUCUGAGUUCUGAUUACUUUUGGAGACUCUGAAGGGAGGUCCCAUUUCCUUGCCUUUUUCAGCUUCUGGUAGCCUUUUAUAUUCCUUGGCUUGUGGCUCCUUCAUUUUAAAAGCACAUCACUUCAAUCUCUGCUUCCGUAAUCAUAUCACCUUCUCUGCCGUAGUCGAAUCCGUCUGCUUUCGUCUUAGUGGGGGCACUUGUGUUUAUACUUAGGUCCCAUCUAGAUAAUCCAGAAUAAUCUCUCCAUCUCAAAAUCCUUAGCUUAAUUAUAAAAUCUCUUUUGAUGUAUAAGGAAACAUUCAUAGGUUCCAGGAAUUAGAGCUUGGAUGUUUUGGGGGUGCAUUAUUUUUAGCUUGCCACAAAGGGUAUAAAGAAGGGUAAAACAUAUCCUAUCCUAGUGCAGCUUAAAGUCUAGUAGGAUAUGCUGUAAGAGAAAAAAAAAUGACUUCUGGAUUGCUGUGAAAAGACCCUUCUAAGUUACCAUAGGUUGGUACUUCAGCUUUCCCCCUGGAAAACAGAAGAGGUAAAUGAAUAUUCCUGUGAUAAUGUGGAUACAAAGCCUGAAUUAACCCCUCAGAGGAGUGAAAUUUCUUUAUAUUCUAAUCUUCUGCCUUAAAAAUUCAUGUUGACAUUGCAUGGUGUCAUAAGUGAUCUGAAGGCGCCAACCACUUGAACUUCCGGGAUCAGGUGAGGUUCCUGCACUUGAGUCCUUUGCACUGUUUGCUUCUGUGAGUCGCUGUAACUUUCAGUUUGAUUUUUACUACCCUUGGAUGCACUCCUGAUAUGGAGAAGAUUGAGGAACAAUUUGCUAAUUUGAACAUUGUUAAACGUUCCUCAGAAACUAAAGAGCCUACUUAUCUGCUUGGCAUAGACACAUCAAAGACUGUACAAGCAGAAAAAGGAAGCUUGGUUGCUGUUUUAUGUUCUAAUGGAUCAAUCAGAAUAUAUGAUAAAGAAAGAUUAAAUGUACUACGAGAAUUUAGAGGAUAUCCUGGACUUAAUGGAGUCAAGUUUGCAAAUUCCUGUGACAGCGUGUAUUCCUCAUGCACUGAUGGCACUGUAAAAUGUUGGGAUGCUCGAUUAGCCAGUGAAAAACCUGUCCAGCUGUUCAAGGGUUACCCUUCCAAUAUUUUUAUCAGUUUUGAUAUCAGCUGUAAUGAUCAUGUCAUUUGUGCUGGUACAGAAAAAGUUGAUGAUGAUGCAUUGUUGGUAUUUUGGGAUGCAAGAAUUAAUUCUCAGGAUUUGUCUACUACUAAAGACCCACUUGGUGCAUAUUCAGAGACACAUAGUGAUGAUAUCACUCAAGUAUGUUUCCAUCCCAGCAAUCCCAACAUGGUAGUCUCAGGUUCAACUGACGGCCUGGUAAAUGUAUUUGAUAUUACUGUUGAUAAUGAAGAAGAUGCACUGGUUACAACCUGUAACUCAGUUUCAUCAGUAAGCUAUAUUGGUUGGUCUGGGAAAGAUUAUAAACAGAUUUACUGCAUGACACAUGAUGAAGGAUUUUGCUGGUGGGAUCUUAAUCAUCUGGAUACCAAUGAACCAAUUACAUGUUUGAACAUCCCGGAUGUCAGAGAAGUAAUUAAUAUGAAAGAAGGGAUUUUGGACUAUUUGAUUGGCGGCCUAUAUCAUGAAAAGACAGACAAAUUGUUUGUAGUUGGAGGAACAAACACAGGAAUUAUUCACAUAAUGAGCUGUACUACAUCAGGAUUGGUCCAUGUGACCAGGCUUCAGGGAGGGCAUGCUGCUACAGUCCGUUCUUUCUGUUGGAAUAUGCAGGAUGAUUCUUUGCUAACUGGAGGAGAAGAUGCACAGUUGUUACUUUGGAAACCUGGAGCAGUAGAGAAGACGCUUACAAAGAAAGACAGCAUGAAAAUAGCAUCCUCUGUGUACCAGCGAGUUCGAGUUCAUAGUAAUGAUUCUUAUAAGAAAAGGAAAAAGCAGUGAUACAUUGGGAGUUUACUUGACAGGUUUUAUAGUUGCAAAUAAUUAUUUCUGUGUACUACCUGUUGUAGACGUGUUUAAAGCUCAUAUGUAAAUAAAAACAAGCCAGUUAGCAAACAGUCCUGAAAAAAUGUUGAGAAUGGUUUAAUUCAGGUCUUUGUGUAUUCCAAAAUUAUUUUUUUUAAGCCGUCAUUUGAGUAUGUAAUCAGUGAGUUGAAAGUAAAAUUACAUUCCUCAUUUUAAAAACCCAUCUGUUGAAUUAGUAAAUGUUGAGUUUGAAGAAAUAGCUUUGAUAAAGGCUUUUUAGAAGUAGAUGGCUGGUGUGACUUUAUAAAACAGGUGGUUUGGGCUG